AUGUCUGACAAGAUGUCUAGUUUCCUGCACAUUGGGGACAUCUGUUCCCUCUACGCAGAGGGGUCCACGAAUGGGUUCAUCAGCACCUUGGGCCUUGUGGAUGACCGCUGUGUUGUCCAGCCCGAAGCCGGGGACCUCAACAAUCCUCCCAAAAAAUUCCGCGACUGCCUCUUCAAGCUGUGUCCCAUGAACCGCUACUCCGCCCAGAAGCAGUUUUGGAAGGCGGCGAAGCCAGGGGCCAACAGCACUACAGACGCGGUGCUGCUCAACAAACUGCAUCAUGCGGCAGACUUGGAGAAGAAGCAGAAUGAGACGGAAAACAGGAAGCUGCUGGGGACUGUCAUCCAGUACGGCAACGUGAUCCAGCUCCUGCACCUGAAAAGUAAUAAAUACCUGACUGUGAACAAGAGGCUUCCAGCCCUGCUGGAGAAGAACGCCAUGCGGGUGACGCUGGACGAGGCCGGGAACGAAGGCUCCUGGUUUUAUAUUCAGCCUUUCUACAAACUGCGGUCCAUUGGCGACAGCGUGGUGAUAGGUGACAAGGUUGUUCUGAACCCCGUCAAUGCCGGCCAGCCCCUCCAUGCCAGCAGCCAUCAGCUGGUGGAUAACCCAGGCUGCAAUGAGGUCAAUUCUGUCAACUGCAAUACGAGCUGGAAAAUUGUCCUUUUCAUGAAGUGGAAUGAUAACAAAGACGACAUACUGAAGGGGGGCGACGUGGUGCGUUUGUUCCACGCAGAGCAGGAGAAGUUUCUGACCUGUGAUGAGCACAGAAAGAAGCAGCAUGUGUUCCUGAGGACCACUGGCCGGCAGUCGGCCACCUCGGCCACCAGUUCCAAAGCCCUGUGGGAGGUGGAGGUGGUUCAGCAUGACCCAUGUCGGGGUGGCGCAGGGUACUGGAACAGCCUCUUCCGUUUCAAGCACCUGGCGACAGGACACUACUUAGCAGCGGAGGUGGACCCGGAUCAGGAUGCGUCUCGAAGUCGGCUGCGGAACGCCCAGGAGAAGAUGGUGUACUCGCUGGUCUCCGUGCCCGAGGGCAAUGACAUCUCCUCCAUUUUCGAGCUUGACCCCACCACGCUGCGUGGAGGUGACAGCCUUGUCCCAAGGAAUUCCUAUGUCCGCCUCAGACACCUGUGCACCAAUACUUGGGUUCACAGCACAAAUAUCCCCAUUGACAAGGAGGAAGAGAAGCCUGUGAUGCUGAAAAUCGGCACGUCUCCCGUGAAGGAGGAUAAGGAAGCCUUUGCCAUUGUUCCAGUUUCUCCUGCAGAAGUUCGGGACCUGGAUUUUGCCAACGAUGCCAGCAAGGUGCUGGGCUCCAUUGCUGGGAAGCUGGAGAAGGGCACCAUCACCCAGAAUGAGAGAAGGUCUGUGACCAAGUUGCUGGAAGACUUGGUUUACUUUGUCACUGGUGGAACCAAUUCUGGCCAAGAUGUGCUUGAAGUGGUCUUCUCCAAGCCCAACAGAGAGCGGCAGAAGCUGAUGCGUGAACAGAACAUUCUCAAGCAGAUCUUCAAGUUGCUCCAGGCCCCGUUCACAGACUGCGGGGAUGGCCCGAUGCUUCGACUGGAGGAACUUGGGGACCAGAGGCACGCCCCUUUCCGACAUAUCUGCCGGCUCUGCUACCGGGUCCUGAGACACUCGCAGCAGGACUACAGGAAGAACCAGGAGUACAUAGCCAAACAGUUUGGCUUCAUGCAGAAGCAGAUUGGCUACGAUGUGUUGGCAGAAGACACCAUCACCGCCCUGCUCCACAACAACCGGAAACUCCUGGAGAAGCACAUCACCGCCGCUGAGAUCGACACGUUCGUCAGCCUCGUGCGAAAGAACCGGGAGCCCAGAUUCUUAGAUUACCUCUCUGACCUCUGUGUGUCCAUGAACAAAUCGAUUCCGGUGACCCAGGAACUCAUCUGCAAAGCUGUGCUGAACCCUACCAAUGCCGACAUCCUGAUAGAGACCAAGCUGGUCCUUUCUCGGUUCGAGUUUGAAGGUGUCUCCACGGGGGAGAAUGCUCUGGAGUCGGGCGAGGAUGAGGAGGAAGUGUGGCUGUUUUGGCGAGACAGCAGCAAGGCGAUUCGCAGUAAGAGUGUCCGGGAGCUGGCGCAGGAUGCGAAGGAGGGACAGAAGGAAGACCGGGACGUCCUGAGCUACUACAGGUACCAGCUCAACCUCUUUGCCAGGAUGUGCCUGGACCGACAGUACCUGGCCAUCAACGAGAUCUCUGGCCAGUUGGACGUGGACCUCAUCCUGCGCUGCAUGUCUGACGAGAACCUGCCCUAUGACCUGCGGGCCUCCUUCUGCCGACUGAUGUUGCACAUGCAUGUGGAUCGAGACCCCCAGGAACAGGUCACACCCGUGAAAUACGCCCGCCUCUGGUCGGAGAUCCCCUCUGACAUCGUCAUUGAUGACUAUGACAGCAGCGGGGCUUCCAAGGAUGAGAUCAAGGAGAGGUUCGCACAGACCAUGGAGUUCGUGGAGGAGUAUUUAAGAGACGUGGUUUGCCAGAGGUUCCCCUUCUCUGAUAAGGAGAAAAAUAAGCUCACGUUUGAGGUUGUAAAUUUAGCGAGGAAUCUGAUAUACUUUGGUUUCUACAACUUCUCUGACCUCCUACGACUGACCAAGAUCCUGCUGGCCAUCCUGGACUGCGUGCAUGUGACGACUAUCUUCCCCGUCAGCAAGAUGACGAAAGGAGAGGAGAACAAAGGUAGGAACGGCACUGGGAAGCUGGCAGCGGUGAGCAGUAACGUGAUGAGGUCCAUCCAUGGUGUUGGGGAGCUGAUGACACAGGUGGUGCUGCGAGGAGGUGGCUUCCUGCCCAUGACCCCAAUGGCUGCGGCCCCAGAAGGCAACGUGAAGCAGGCCGAGCCUGAGAAGGAGGACAUCAUGGUCAUGGACACCAAGCUGAAGAUCAUAGAAAUCCUCCAGUUUAUUUUGAAUGUGAGGUUGGAUUAUAGGAUCUCCUGCCUCCUGUGUAUAUUUAAGCGGGAGUUUGAUGAAAGCAAUUCCCAGACCUCAGACACAUCUUCUGGAAGCAGCAGCCCAGAAGGACCAAGUAAUGUGCCAGGUGCGCUCGACUUUGAACACAUUGAAGAACAAGCCGAAGGCAUCUUCGGAGGAAGGAAAGAGAACACACCGCUGGACCUGGACGACCAUGGCGGCCGCACCUUCCUGCGCGUCCUGCUGCAUCUGACGAUGCAUGACUACCCGCCGCUGGUGUCCGGGGCCCUCCAGCUGCUCUUCCGGCACUUCAGCCAGAGGCAGGAGGUGCUGCAGGCCUUCAAGCAGGUUCAGCUGCUCGUGACCAGCCAAGACGUGGACAACUACAAGCAGAUCAAACAGGACCUGGACCAGCUGCGGUCCAUUGUGGAGAAGUCCGAGCUCUGGGUAUACAAAGGGCAGGGUCCUGACGAGGUGAUGGACGGCGCGUUGGGUGAGAACGAGCAUAAGAAAGCCGAGGAGGGGAAUAACAAGUCGCAAAAGCAUGAAAGCACCAGCAGCUACAACUACAGGGUGGUCAAAGAGAUUUUGAUUCGUCUCAGCAAACUCUGCGUGCAGGAGAGUGCGUCGGUCAGGAAGAGCCGGAAGCAGCAGCAGCGGUUGCUUCGCAACAUGGGUGCCCACGCCGUGGUCCUGGAGCUGCUACAGAUCCCCUAUGAGAAGGCGGAAGACACCAAGAUGCAGGAGAUAAUGAGGCUGGCCCAUGAGUUCCUGCAGAACUUCUGCGCCGGCAACCAGCAGAACCAGGCUCUGCUGCAUAAGCACAUAAACCUGUUCCUCAACCCGGGGAUCCUGGAGGCCGUCACGAUGCAGCACAUCUUCAUGAACAAUUUCCAGCUGUGCAGCGAGAUCAAUGAGAGGGUCGUCCAGCACUUUGUCCACUGCAUUGAGACGCACGGCCGGAACGUCCAGUACAUCAAGUUCUUGCAGACGAUUGUCAAAGCAGAGGGGAAGUUCAUUAAGAAGUGCCAGGACAUGGUGAUGGCCGAGCUGGUCAACUCGGGAGAGGACGUCCUCGUGUUUUACAACGACCGGGCCUCCUUCCAGACCCUCAUCCAGAUGAUGCGGUCAGAACGGGACCGCAUGGAUGAGAACAGCCCCCUCAUGUACCACAUCCACCUGGUGGAGCUGCUGGCCGUGUGCACUGAGGGCAAGAACGUGUACACGGAGAUCAAGUGCAACUCGCUGCUGCCACUGGAUGACAUCGUGCGCGUGGUGACCCACGAGGACUGCGUCCCCGAGGUUAAGAUCGCCUACAUUAACUUCCUGAACCACUGCUACGUGGACACUGAGGUGGAGAUGAAGGAGAUCUACACCAGCAACCACAUGUGGAAGCUCUUCGAGAAUUUCCUUGUGGACAUCUGCAGGGCCUGUAACAACACGAGUGACAGGAAGCAUGCGGACUCCGUCUUGGAGAAAUACGUGACUGAAAUCGUCAUGAGUAUUGUCACCACCUUCUUCAGCUCGCCCUUCUCCGACCAGAGCACCACUCUGCAGACCCGCCAGCCUGUCUUCGUGCAGCUUCUGCAGGGCGUAUUCCGGGUUUACCACUGUAACUGGCUCAUGCCCAGUCAGAAGGCGUCUGUGGAGAGCUGCAUCCGGGUGCUGUCCGAUGUGGCCAAGAGCCGGGCCAUCGCCAUCCCUGUGGACCUGGACAGCCAGGUCAACAACCUCUUCCUGAAGUCCCACAACAUCGUGCAAAAGACGGCCCUGAACUGGCGACUGUCUGCCCGCAACGCCGCGCGCAGGGACUCGGUCCUGGCUGCCUCCAGGGAUUACCGGAACAUCAUUGAGAGACUGCAGGACAUCGUCUCUGCACUGGAGGACCGCCUCCGGCCCCUGGUGCAGGCGGAGCUGUCCGUGCUGGUGGAUGUCCUCCACCGGCCAGAGCUCCUGUUCCCGGAGAACACAGAUGCCAGGAGAAAAUGUGAAAGCGGGGGCUUCAUCUGCAAGCUAAUAAAGCACACGAAACAGCUGCUGGAGGAGAAUGAGGAGAAAUUAUGCAUCAAAGUGCUGCAGACCCUCCGGGAGAUGAUGACGAAAGACAGAGGCUACGGGGAGAAGCUGAUUUCCAUUGAUGAAUUGGAUAACGCGGAGCUGCCACAGACCCCUGAUGCGGAGGCCACCACCGAGGAGCUUGACCCAAGUCCACCCCUGAGACAGCUGGAGGAUCAUAAAAGGGGUGAGGCGCUCAGGCAAAUUCUGGUCAACCGUUACUAUGGGAACGUCAGACCCUCGGGAAGAAGAGAGAGUCUUACGAGCUUCGGCAAUGGCCCACUGUCACCCGGAGGCCCCAGCAAGCCUGGCGGAGGAGGGGGAGGAUCUGGCUGCAUGAGCAGAGGGGAGAUGAGCCUGGCCGAGGUCCAGUGCCACCUGGACAAGGAAGGGGCUUCCAACCUGGUCAUCGAUCUCAUCAUGAAUGCGUCCAGUGACCGAGUGUUCCAUGAAAGCAUCCUCCUGGCCAUCGCGCUCCUGGAAGGCGGCAACACCACCAUCCAGCACUCCUUUUUCUGCCGGCUCACAGAAGAUAAGAAGUCAGAGAAGUUCUUCAAAGUCUUCUACGACCGCAUGAAAGUGGCCCAGCAGGAGAUAAAGGCGACCGUGACCGUGAACACCAGUGACUUGGGAAACAAAAAGAAGGACGAGGAGACGGACAGAGAUGCUCCUUCCCGCAAAAAAGCCAAAGAGCCCACCACACAGAUCAGCGAGGAGACCCGGGACCAGCUCCUCGAGGCCUCGGCUGCCACCAGGAAGGCCUUCUCCACCUUCCGGAGGGAGGCUGACCCCGAAGACCACUACCAGUCAGGGGAGGGCACCCAGACCACCACGGACAAGACGAAAGACGACCUGGAGAUGAGUGCGGUCAUUACCAUCAUGCAGCCGAUCCUGCGCUUCCUGCAGUUGCUGUGUGAGAACCAUAAUAGGGACCUGCAGAAUUUCCUUCGUUGCCAAAAUAAUAAGACCAACUAUAAUCUGGUGUGUGAGACCCUGCAGUUCCUGGACUGUAUUUGUGGAAGCACCACCGGCGGGCUCGGUCUUCUCGGGCUGUACAUCAACGAAAAGAACGUGGCGCUGAUCAACCAGACCCUGGAGAGUCUGACCGAGUACUGCCAGGGGCCCUGCCACGAGAACCAGAACUGCAUUGCCACCCAUGAGUCGAACGGCAUCGACAUCAUCACAGCCCUGAUCCUCAACGACAUCAAUCCCCUGGGCAAGAAGAGGAUGGACCUCGUGCUGGAGCUCAAGAACAACGCUUCGAAGCUGCUCCUGGCCAUCAUGGAGAGCAGACACGACAGCGAGAAUGCAGAGCGUAUCCUGUACAACAUGCGGCCCAAGGAGCUGGUGGAGGUGAUCAAGAAGGCCUACAUGCAAGGCGAGGUGGAGUUUGAGGAUGGAGAAAAUGCUGAGGACGGAGCGGCGUCGCCCCGGAACGUAGGCCACAACAUCUAUAUCCUUGCCCAUCAGUUGGCUCGGCAUAACAAGGAACUGCAGACCAUGCUGAAACCCGGAGGCCAGGUGGACGGAGAUGAGGCUCUGGAGUUCUACGCCAAGCACACGGCUCAGAUAGAGAUUGUGCGGUUGGACCGGACGAUGGAGCAGAUUGUCUUCCCGGUCCCGAGCAUAUGUGAGUUCCUCACCAAGGAGUCCAAACUCCGCAUCUACUACACCACAGAGAGGGAUGAGCAGGGCAGCAAGAUCAACGACUUCUUCCUGCGCUCCGAGGACCUCUUCAACGAGAUGAACUGGCAGAAGAAGCUGAGAGCCCAGCCCAUCCUGUACUGGUGUGCCCGGAACAUGUCCGUCUGGAGCAGUAUCUCCUUCAACCUGGCCGUCCUCAUGAACCUGCUCGUGGCGUUCUUCUACCCCUUCAAAGGGGUGCGAGGAGGGACCCUGGAGCCCCACCUGUCGGGCCUGCUGUGGACAGCCAUGCUCAUUUCCCUGGCCAUCGUCAUCGCUCUCCCCAAGCCCCACGGCAUCCGAGCCUUGAUCGCAUCCACGAUCCUCCGACUCAUCUUUUCUGUUGGGCUGCAGCCCACGCUGUUCCUCCUGGGAGCUUUCAACGUCUGCAAUAAGAUCAUCUUCCUGAUGAGCUUCGUGGGCAACUGUGGGACCUUCACCCGAGGCUACCGAGCCAUGAUCCUCGACGUGGAGUUCCUCUACCACCUGCUCUACCUGCUCAUCUGUGCCAUGGGGCUCCUUGUCCAUGAAUUCUUCUACAGUCUGCUGCUUUUUGAUUUAGUGUACAGAGAAGAAACGCUGCUUAAUGUCAUUAAAAGUGUCACUCGCAACGGACGCUCCAUCAUCCUGACAGCAGUCCUGGCCCUGAUCCUGGUCUACCUGUUCUCCAUAGUGGGCUAUCUCUUCUUCAAGGACGAUUUCAUCCUUGAAGUGGAUCGGCUGCCCAAUGAAACAGCUCUCCCAGAUGCCGGUGAGAGUGUGGCCAGUGGGUUCCUCUACCCGGACGUGUGCAGGGUGGAGUCUGGGGAGAACUGCUCCUCACCGGAGCCCAAGGAAGAGCUCGUGCCGGCGGAUGAACUGGAGCAGGAUAACGAGCACACGUGUGAGACACUGCUCAUGUGCAUUGUGACGGUGCUGAGUCACGGGCUGCGGAGCGGGGGCGGCGUGGGGGACGUGCUCAGGAAGCCGUCCAAGGAGGAGCCCCUCUUUGCGGCCAGAGUCAUCUAUGACCUGCUCUUCUUCUUCAUGGUCAUCAUCAUCGUCCUGAAUCUGAUUUUCGGGGUCAUCAUCGACACCUUUGCCGACCUGAGGAGCGAAAAGCAGAAGAAAGAAGAAAUCUUGAAGACAACCUGCUUCAUCUGUGGCUUAGAGAGAGACAAGUUUGACAACAAGACAGUCACCUUCGAAGAGCACAUCAAGGAGGAACACAACAUGUGGCAUUACCUGUGCUUCAUCGUCCUGGUGAAGGUGAAGGACUCCACCGAGUACACGGGGCCUGAGAGCUACGUGGCCGAGAUGAUCAAGGAACGGAACCUUGACUGGUUCCCAAGGAUGCGAGCCAUGUCCCUGGUCAGCAGCGAUUCUGACGGGGAACAGAAUGAGCUGCGGAACCUGCAGGAGAAGCUGGAAUCCACCAUGAAGCUGGUCACGAACCUUUCCGGUCAGCUGUCGGAACUGAAGGACCAGAUGACAGAACAAAGGAAGCAGAAACAAAGAAUCGGUCUUCUAGGACAUCCUGCUCACAUGAACGUCAACCCUCAGCAGCCAGCCUAGGCCGGCGGAGCACAGUUGCAUUUCCCUUUUUUUCAUUAUUAUUAGUGUGGGUAUGGCCAAUUAGUUCUCAACUACCCACAAAGGGUACAUCUAGGCUUAGUCCAUUUGUAAAUACUCGGUUUUAUACUGUCUGUAUAUUAUUGCUACUCUUGACAUCUGGAUAUACGUCUUGUAAUUAGAACGUUGGCAUGAUGGAGUGUCAUUCGUGCCAAAAAUAUUUUAAAAAAUGCCUUUUCUGGAAGGAUUAAAGAAAGCACCUGAUUUGCACUUGAACCAGAUUAUAGAUUUAAAACUCUAUGACAUGUAUUUUGUAUUUAAAUCUACAAUAGCCAGUAUUUAUGGGGUUUUUUUAUGAAACUGUGCAGUACGAAUUAUGCAAUCACAAUAAAUUUGUAACUCCUGUGUGUCCUGGUGGGAGUGGACACCUUUGAAGCAGGUGUGUGAACACUGCGUAAUAAAGGGUUAAAUAGCAAAUGAUGCUGCUGCCAAAACUAUAUUCCUAGCGAGUUUCAGGCCCCGGG